AAAAUACACUAAGUGGUGUUCUCCUUUAUUUCUUCAAAACUUGCAAGUAACAUAUAGCUUGUUAAUCAAUGUACUCCGUUAAUUGCUUAAAAGUCACCAAAACCUAAAAAACAAAUCCUCGCAAGCAUCAUCAUUCUCAUCCAGAUCUCUUGCCGUGUUUGUAUAUCUUAAAAACAUAUUUUCUAUACCCUUUUGUGUUCCAUUCUAAAUUGCAUUUUCUUCCUUAAGAGAUAACUUCGUUAGCCUUUCCAAACCCUUUUAGCAUAUAUUUUCUACAUUUGAGGAGUUGACUUCAGCGCCAUGAAUCCAAGAAGCUCUUCAACAGCUUAUGGUGUCCGUAGCUUUGCCACCUUGCUGAUAUGCCGCUAUAGAGUUAGUCAGGGGAGCUCAAUCGGUGUUCCGGCCCACAAGCAUAUCAGCGGAGAUAUGAGGCUUUCCAAGAUGGGGUAUGGCAUUGGUAACUCAAUGCAUCAAGCCCUAACCAUUUCCCGUGGCAAUUCUACAAAAAGACCAGAGUCUAAAAUGGAACAGGAAGAUACCUUACAUAUUCUGCCGUCUGAUCCAGCUUCUCCAAAGCCUAGCAUCUUUUAUUGGGUAAAAUGGGUUUUGGGCACGAUCUUGCCCUUGCUCUUCUCAUCAUGGAAGCAAAAAUGGGACAACAUUCUAAAGCUAGAAGAUAAGCUGGAAGAGGUUGUUAAAGAGGUUGAGGAAGUGGCUGAGGUGGUAGAAAAAGUUGCGUCCACAACCGAAAAAUUAUCAGCAGAGGUUGCAGAGAAUCUAAACAAUGGUGAAAUGAGAGAAAUUGCUCUGAUGGUAGAACAUGUAUCUAGUGUUACUGUAAAGGAUGCUCGAAUGACCCAAAAUUUCCUCCACAAGGUUGGUGAUCUGAAGCAAGACUUGGCAGAGUUGGAGAAUUUGGUAGAAUCCGCCAAAGAUAAAAUGGAACACAAAAAGUAGAUAAUGAACAAAGGAUACAUUUUCACUAGAUAUCUUACUUCUGUCGAAAAAAUCGUAAAUUAAUGUACCUUGUGUGUAUAUAUUCAGCAGAUAUGCUAAAUCGUGUAUAUAAAAUUAACACCAGGAUUAUGAAAACCGUGAGAGAACUUGAGAUAUAACAUUAGAUCAAAUUUGAUGUGUUGUUAUUUUGAAAAAAACAGAAUACAAAUGACUGUAUACAAACACCUAUUUCCCUCGCUUUAACUAUCAACCAACACAUUAUAUGCAAUGCCAAGAUGGCAUAAGAGCAUGCACGAUAGUGGAGAUUGUCCGAUAAGUGUUUGGGUGACACGUUAGUGUCGGGAAAACAAAACCGGUUAAGCUGAUGAUUUGGCUAAUAUCGGUGAAAUCUUUAAAGAAAAAGUCAUUGUCAUGCUUGUUAUUGCAGGUCUUACGUGAGGACUACAAUGGAUUAAAGUCAACCCUUCUUGCUCGACAGGUUCCCACAGCCUUCAAUGAAUUGAAUGGGCUUUUUUUUUUUUUUAAAUCAUGAUUACAUGAUUAAAUAGUUGGUUCCUUGGCGUCUUGAUACUGGCUCUAACAUGUAGCACCAAACCACUCUAGCAUCGGCACCGCUGAACCAUACUAUACUAUGGUGAUGAGUCCCUCCAUGUUCGCAAUGGUAACGGCUUACCUAUUUUACAUAUUGGUUCCACUAACUUUUAUUCUCCGAAGAAAACUUUUUCCUUAACGAAUAUUCUUCAUGUUCCACAAAUCAAACCUCACCUUCUUUCUGUUGAACAAUUUUGUCAUUGAUAAUAAUCUUUUCUUUGAAUUUCAUGAUAGUUUUUAUGUUGUCAUUGAUAAUAAUCUUUUCUUUGAAUUUCAUGAUAGUUUUUAUGUUAUGACGGAUGAGAUUUCACGCAAUACCAUCCUCACGGGACCAAGUGAACAUGUGAUCUACUUGUUUCAUCUUCCGUCUUUUCAACCGGUUUCAAGAAGUGUUUUUACAGUUGUUCGUGCUCUUGUCUACACAUUGCUCGUGCUCUUGUCUACACAUGGCAUCAACAGCUUGGUCAUCCACAUGCAUAACUUUUGAAUUCAAUGUUAUCUAAAUACUCUCUUCCUAUUUUGCAUAAAAACUCGAGUUCGCCUUUUAAUGCUUGACAUAUACGAAAAUCCUCAAAACUAUUUUUACCAUUGUCUACUUAUAAAAGUUCUUGCAUUCUA